AGUGCUCAUUACCUGCCGACGAAAAAAAAAAAAAAAUCACAAGCGAACGAGAGAAACGAGAAUAUAGCUACUGUUUAGCUUCCCAUUCCUGAGCUCGAGCUCGAGCUAUCCGCCUUCAAGAUGACGGCCUUAGGAGAUGACCUAUUGCGGAUUGUGAAUCAGCUACAAGAUCUAGUAUUUAAUACUAUCGGGACAGAUUCUUUAGACCUACCGCAAAUUGUUGUUGUUGGUUCCCAAUCUGCGGGCAAAUCUUCAGUACUCGAGAAUAUUGUUGGUCGCGAUUUUCUACCUCGAGGUAGCGGCAUCGUAACUCGUCGGCCCCUUAUUCUACAAUUAAUCAAUGUCGAGGAGGAUCCCUCGGAACCAGAUCUACAUGCCGCAUACAGAAAUCCAACUCAAGCACGUCGUUCAGAAUGGGCCGAAUUCCAUCAUAUACCCAGUCGGAGGUUUACCGACUUUGGAGAUGUUAAACGCGAGAUUGAAAACGAAACUUCUCGUGUUGCCGGUAACAAUAAAGGCAUCAACAGGCAACCCAUUAAUCUCAAAAUCUAUUCUCCUCAUGUACUCAACUUAACUCUAGUUGAUUUGCCUGGAUUAACCAAGGUCCCCAUUGGCGAUCAACCGGCCGACAUUGAAAAACAAACACGAACCCUCAUCUCUGAAUACAUUGCCAAACCUAACAGUAUCAUCCUCGCCGUCUCCCCCGCCAAUGUCGAUAUCGUUAACUCGGAAGCUCUAAAGCUUGCUAGACAUGUUGAUCCUCUCGGCCGACGAACCAUUGGUGUUCUUACCAAAGUAGAUCUGAUGGAUCACGGGACAAACGCGAUGGAUAUUCUAUCUGGCCGCGUGUAUCCUUUGAAACUAGGGUUUAUUGGCGUGGUCAACCGAUCUCAGCAAGAUAUCCAAGGCAAUCGACCAAUGGAGGAGGCUCUCAAAGCCGAAGCAGAAUUUUUCCGACACCAUCCCGCAUAUCGAAAUAUUUCAAUGCGCUGUGGAACGCAAUUCCUAGCCAAGACAUUAAAUCAGACUCUUAUGGCACACAUUCGGGAACGUUUGCCGGACAUUAAAGCCCGUCUUAACACAUUAAUGGGACAAACCCAACAAGAGCUUGCGAGUUACGGCGAUAUGCACUUUAGCGGGAAAGAACAUCGAGGAUCCAUGAUUCUUCAGCUCAUGACCCGAUUUGCUACAUCGUUCAUUUCAUCUAUCGAUGGUACUUCGACGGAGAUCUCAACCAAAGAACUGUCUGGAGGUGCGCGGAUUUACUAUAUCUUCAACUCAGUUUUCGGCAGCGCGUUGGAAUCGAUCGACCCUACUUCUAAUCUUUCCGCGCUUGAUAUCAGGACUGCUAUUCGUAACUCCACUGGUCCCCGUCCUAGCUUAUUCGUCCCGGAAAUGGCAUUUGACCUGCUUGUCAAGCCACAGAUUAAGCUUCUCGAACUUCCCAGCCAACGAUGUGUUGAGUUGGUGUAUGAGGAAUUAAUUAAGAUUUGCCACACAUGCGGCUCAACAGAAUUAUCCCGGUUUCCGAGACUGCAAGCCAAGCUCAUCGAGGUUGUCUCGGACCUUCUGAGGGAACGACUUGGCCCAGCGUCAUCUUAUGUCGAGUCCCUCAUAGCUAUCCAGCGAGCAUACAUUAAUACGAAUCAUCCUAAUUUCUUGGGCGCUGCUGCUGCCAUGAGCCAUGUGGUUAGCAAUAAGCAAGAACGUGAGAGAAAGAGGUUAAUCCAAGAAGAACGAGAACGACGGGAAAAGAAACGAUUGAAGGAGAUUGGGGCGAAUGGAACAGAUACCCCGGAGGACGAGGAAGACCCGGCUCACGAUAGAAACGGUGGUCUUCCGUCACGAAAACACGGUUCAAAGGAGCCUAGAAGCAUGUCUCCUGCCGUUCGUGAGAAUGGUACAUCGAGUCUUGCUGCUGCGAUGAAUGGAACGCGCUCAGAUUCACCCAGUCGAUUUAACCCCCAAGCAAUUGGUAAUGCUCGCGAUUCCUUCUUAAACUAUUUCUUCGGCAAAGACGGCCCGCCGUCGUCUUUGGGAGCUGGAGCUCCUUCUCCACUUCCACGUCAUGUUAGCCAGGGUGUAGAACCUACUUUCAGUCAAAGCAUUCGCCGAAGUGAAGAUAAGUUAACGCAUCGACCGGCACUAUCAUCGUCGCUGGCACGUGAAGAGGAAAGUCCUAAAGCUGCCAGCUUCGGUUUCGGGCCACAGGCGAUUGAUAAUGUGGAGCCGGCUUUAAGUGAUCGCGAGGCUAUGGAGACAGAGCUAAUCCGGGCUCUGAUAUCCUCGUACUUCAAUAUUGUUCGCGAAUCAAUUGCUGACCAAGUUCCUAAAGCUGUUAUGCAUUUACUCGUCAACCAUUGUAAGGACGUCGUACAAAACAGACUUGUCAGCGAACUUUACAAGGAGACGCUCUUUGAAGAGCUUCUAUACGAAGACGACGGCGUUAAGAAAGAACGCGAGAAAUGCGAGAAGCUGCUACACACUUACCGUGAAGCAGCCAAGAUUAUUGGCGAAGUGUUAUAAUAGAGCACUACAGCUCACCCUGUACUAGAACACAAAAAAAAGUUAAUUCAGGAGUAUUCUCACCUGGGGAAAAGGAUUGAUUUAUUGACUUAGAGAGAGAAUGCGAUAUCUGACUUGCCACCUGUACAUUAGGCGAGGGAACUUUUGUUACAGGUUAACCUCGUUCCGUGUUCUUUUGGGUUGCUGGUCAUUGAUACGCUGGGGCACGUUCACUGAUACGAACUGAAUGGAUGGAGGGGGUGGCUUAUAGUCGGUCGGUACACUCGAAGGCGGCGUACAUUGUACAUACAGCGUAACUACCUAUGCUACUCUUCCCUGUCUUUAGCAUAUUCACCAGGGCCACUCUGAAAUGACUUUUCUCCCUUGCAGUUUGAACCGUAAAUCCAAUUUUAGUUUUACGUAUACCCUACAGUGAAUUGCAACAGGGUAGAUUGCGUAUACGGUUGAAGGUAGACUG